GCUCCGUGGUCGCUGGGUUCCGGUUCCGUUGAAUCAUAUAACCGCCCCCUCCUCCUUGCACGCGGUGGGCCGGGGAACAUCAUGGCGGGGUCUUGGUGGAUGUGCUGCCGGAGGUUCAGUUCGGGCUUUACGACCUCCGGAUUAUUUGACACGCUGCGGUGUUUCAGGGGAAGUUCCGGGUAUUAUUCUGCGUCCUCUACGGGCAGGACGUCCUGGAGCUCCGCACCGAGAAAGGAGAGAAGGCCACUGUUUCCUGCACGAAUCCACUCCAAAGCUCUUAACCUCAGGCCAUCUGUGAUCCGACACCGCUGUAGGUCGCUGCAUCCGACGCUCCAGUCCUGCAGCUGCAGAGCGACACACAGCGAUGCAAAGCUGAGGGACCCUUUCACGUUAGCCCAGAAAGACCUGACAAGUUUAUAUGAUGACAUCAAAAAGGAGCUGUUCGUGGCCAAAACGGAGCUAAAAUACCUCUGCGAUUACUAUUUUGACGGCCGGGGCAAAGCUAUCCGACCGAUCAUAGUCGUCCUGAUGGCCCGGGCCAUGAACAUCCACAGCAACAGAGCUGGAGACCUGCUCCCUGGGCAAAGGACGAUAGCUAUGAUUUCUGAAAUGAUUCACACUGCCAGCUUGGUGCACGAUGACGUGAUCGACAGAUCAGACGAGCGACGGGGGAAGAGGUCGAUCAAUGAUGUGUGGGGUGAAAAGAAGGCUAUCUUAGCCGGAGAUUUCAUCCUCUCAGCUGCCACCAUGGCCUUGGCUCGUAUCGGGAACAGCACAGUGGUGAAGGUUCUCUCCCACGUCAUAGAGGACCUGGUGCGAGGCGAGUUCAUGCAGCUCGGCUCCAAAGAGAACGAAGACGAGCGAUUCAAACACUACCUGGAGAAAACCUACAAGAAGACGGCGAGUCUGAUGGCACACAGCUGUAAAGCAGUUUCCAUUCUGGUGAACUCUGACCCAGAGGUUCAUGAAAUAGCUUACCAGUACGGGAAGAAUGUCGGCAUUGCCUUUCAGCUGGUGGACGACGUUUUGGACUUCACAUCAGGGGCCGAGCAGUUGGGGAAACCUGCGGCCGCUGAUCUGAAACUGGGCUUGGCAACUGGGCCGGUCCUGUUCGCUUGCCAACAGUUUCCUGAGCUUCACGCAAUGAUCAUGAGACGAUUCAGCUCCAAAGGAGACGUGGAUCGGGCCUGGCAGUACGUCCUUCAGAGCGACGGCGUGCAUCAGACCACCUACUUGGCGCGGAGAUACUGCGAAGAAGCCAUCAGACAGAUCAGCCGGCUCCAGCCGUCCCCGGAGAGGGAUGCUCUCAUCAGGCUCACAGAGAUCGUGCUCAGCAGAGACAAGUGAAGCACCCAUGGGCCGCCUUCUCUCUCUUCAGGCAGCUGAAUGUCAGACAAAUUUGCCCUGCUGCCACGUGGGACAAAAAUGUUGAGGGAAGUUGGAUUGGAGCAUUUGCUCGCAGCGUGUAUAAAGAAAUUAAGAGUUGCUUUAUCUCGGGUGUAGAGGGGGCAAAUUAAGAGUUGAAGCGGUGAUUUGAUUUGAGGAAAACGAUCAUCUUGAAGAGCUGGCACUGAAAACUACACCUUAGACUUAAACCUUCGUCCUGUACUGUAACCAACAGCCUCACACGUCUCAGACCGGGGAACCGGACCCUUUCUGAGCUGCGGAGGAUGUUGGAAAAAUUUGUAAUUCCAAACGUGAUGGGAUCGUCAUCAUUGUCUGUGUGGAUGUGACCUCUUUGAAUCCGUCCAAACCUCAAAGGCCAAACUCUUUUUGUGUUUUUACACUUUGAACUUUACUGCUAAGUGUCCUGUAACAACGAAAGGCCUUAACAUCUGCAAUGAUCACGUGCUCAAUAAACCGACUGCUUGA